GUUGGCCAAGGAGUAUCACACAAUGACACGCCGGUCAUGGUCCAACAAGAAGUAAUGAGAGCUCCGGAGUUAUACAGUGGAAACUCAUCGUCAGUAAUAAUUCCAAAUGAUAACGAUAAAAUCAAUAGCGAAUCAUGGAAUUGUCCAAUAUGUACAUUUAGAAAUUCUUCACUGAUGUCACAAUGUGAA